AUGGUGGCGCGGAAGCGACGACGGAAGGAGUCUGCUCCGAGCGAGGGCGGCGCCAAUGGCGCUACACAGGAGAGGAGGUCGAACCCAGCCUUCUCGAAGAGCGGCUGGAAAACCGUCCAACUCGACCUGGAUGUGAUGAAGGAGUUCGAAAUGCAAGGGGGCCUUUUCAUCGAAGAGGCUGAUCCUGAUGAGGUCGGAGUGGAGUACUCCACGGUGCAGGAACCCAUUCAGGCAGUGAAGAGGAGGCGGCUCAAGAAGACCAGCAAAGCUGCGGCUGCGCCCGCCGAGGAAAUCUCGCUCCACGAGCAGUGCCGAGAACCUGACACCCAAGAACAUGUGCGCCUCAUCGAAGCAGCAGAUGCUUGA